UCUCCCAACACACGCCCCUUCCCCCUUCUCCAUCGCAUCUCAUUCCCAUCUCGUUCCAAUCGCAUGCGUGCCUUUCCUUCUCUCUGAGUCCUUUCCCACCGCCCCUUACUUUCCCACCCCCGAAAUUCCGAUCAUUUUCUUUUCUUUACACGCCCCCCUUGAAUGCUCAAACAACACGUCAACCCAACCCAGUUUCUUGUGACCCGGACCACAAUAGAGCCAACCUGCCUUACCCUCGCUGCACCUUGUAUGGUCUCGCACACGGUCCUCCUUUUUCUAGUUUCAACACUUCUCUUUCUCUCUCUUUUUUUUCUCGGUCUGCCUCUCUUACCAAUCCGCAAUCUCGAUCCCCUCAACCCGUCCUCGAUCCAUUUCAUCGUCCAAAACCCGUCUUCUCAGCCGUCAAUCAUAGCAGUUCUCUCCGCUAAAGACGUCUUCAUCUCGUUUAAGCCGCGCCGAAGCCUGUUUAUCGCGCUUUUCCACCUGUCAGCGUCCGUGCUCUGGCCUCUGGGAACAGCGUAGGCAGUAGUACUUUGUACAACGGCUACGGGUACCGUACCGUACUGUACCUCCUGACUUACCAUAACCUGCCUACCUACCUACAUACUCACACGCGCCGCCCGCUGUCCGCUGUCCGCCCUGGUUGGGACUAGAAGUUCAACUGCAGAUCUGGUGUUUGGGACUCCUCUCGACUCAUCUGCCUUCUCUUCCCCAAAGGUACCUAACCUAACCACCCGCAGAUAAUAAUACGGGAUACCGCUAGAGGCUGAGGAAUCCAAUACCUCAUCACCUCACCUUUCACACGCCUUCCAGUCUCCACUCCUCCUCCGUCCAGUCACAAUCAAUCUUGUCCUCAAACACGAAGCAUCCCCCCGAUCUUUUUUUGGGGGGGACCGUCUAUUCUCCCCAACCCACCCAUCUCCCCUAGCCUCUUGUCUUCUUACAACCACACACAACCAUCUCACUCGACAACGCCUCACCCGCCAACUGUCCCAUUCAACCUGAUCGCCUGUUUCCAUCCAAGCAGACUGGUUGAACUGCGAGUUCCCAUCGCUUACCCCGUGUCAAUUUGGGGUUUCACUCGGGUUCCCUGCGAGAACGCGCAUCGACAUCAUUGCCUCUCGUUCAGCUGAACUCUCUCCCGAUCACCAACCACCCAACAACACCGACUACGAUGGAGACCACCGAGGUCGUCGAAACCAAGCAAACGUCGGUUGCACCUUCAGAGUCGCAGCAGCACCGACAAACCCCAGUUGUUGAGACCCCUACCACCACAGAUCACAGCUCAAAUGGCGUCAAGCCCCCGGGCCUGGAUGACGAUGAUACUGCCAAUGAUGACGAUCUGAGCCCCCCUCCUGAGAAUUUGAGUCCUGUAUCAGGGAUCAAUGACCGCGCCUUGGAAGAUGAGAUCGUUGUAGGCAACCGCAAUGGCGUGCCCAAAUCGUCGCCUCUCCGCGUCGUGUCAGACCCAGAGGACGAGAACAUGGCCGACGUCGAAGACGAGCCCGUCAUCUCACAUUACCCCAAGCGAAAGCGAGCGUCUCUUUUCAACGACUUGAGCGAGGAGAAGAUGGAGAACGGUAUUGUGACGGAGAAGGAGGGCACCCCGCGGAGCACCAAGCUAGCCCGUAGGCAUGGGCUGGGAGGUGUCAAGGGGGUGAUUCUCGGUUAUUGGCGAGAUUCACCUGUUCCCGACCCAAGGGGCAAGCAUGCCGUUAUUGGCUUCAUCGACGUUCGCGACCGCCUUCGCACCCGCAUCCAGCAAAACACACGGUUCGGCGAACAGGUAUCCAGCGCUGACUACCCCCUGCCUCCCGGGCCCGGUGGCAGCUGGGUGACCUUUGAGCGCGUCGUCUUCGCCGACCACCUCGUCGGCAUGGAUCAUCACCAAGUCAAGGAGUAUGUCAAGCUGCGGACGGACGCUGUUGAGGAGACAGAGGAGGCUCGUAAUGCCGCAGAGCUGGCCGCCGCCAAGGAAGCAAUCCGCCGCGUCGAGGAGAACCCCCCUCCCGAGAACGUCGUGGCGCCCGCCAUCGCCUAUGGAGCCGAAAUCCCCGACCACGCUACGAUGCCGGCGCGGCCGGACUCCAAACGUCGCCGGACCGGUAGUGGUAUCGGCACGAUAAGCGGAGGCCCCGUCCAAACGCAGCCGGCACGGGAGAUUAUCCCAACGCCUCAUUUCGAUCCCCUGCUCGGCACCCGGCCCACGCGCAUCAUCGUUGGCUUUUGGAAAGGUUCUAGCGAACAGGAUCCUGUGAACCGCCAUGCCGUCUACGGUAUCCUCGGACAGAACGACAUGUUCCGAGUCAAGGUGGCUAGGGAGACUCGUGACAAGCGCUUCGUGGAUGGUAACUUCCCCGUAGGAGCAGGCGCCUUGUGGAUUCACUGGGAAGAGGUCGAGCUCGAGCCUCAUCUCAAGAACCUGUCCCGUGCCGAAGUCAAGGAAUACUGCCGUGUUCGCCAGUGGCAGCUCGACCAGGGUGAGAUCCCCGAGGAGCGCGCCCACAACGAGGCGCGGGCCGUGUACGAGUCUCAGCAGCGCGUGGCUCACGGCCUCAACAAGCCUGGCGUCAUGACUAGCAUGGGCCCCCCUCCCGUGAUUGUUCCCCAGCCAGAGGAGGAGCUCACCGAGUCUCUCGAGGCGAAGGCCGAGGGGAACCCAGAGCUGCGCCAGAGCCGCAGGACGGAGACCCGAGGCAUUCGGCACGCCUUGCCCGACCUGGACAACAGACAGUCCCGCACGCCGGUACAGGCCCAGAACAAGAUCGACGCCAGCGCCCGCCGCGAGAUCGCCAGAAUCGAGGCUGCUCAAAUGCGUGCCGAACGCUUCGCUGCCGACCACGAAGCUGCUACAGCUGCUGCUGCCGCCGCCGCCGCCACUGCCAACGCCGCCAACAUCGCCCAUCCCCACAUGAUCCAGCAGGCCAUGCCCAAGAUGCCCAUGCAAAACGGCAACGGCAAUGGCCCGGGCCCUCGCAUGAGCAAUCUUUUCCACGAGCGCGACGAGAUGCAGCGGCUCAACAAGGUCUGGGCUAGUCAGGAGGAGCACCGCAGCAAGGUCGGAGGCGAGGAGAUCAAGUUCUACGGCGGUAUAAAGUACGAGCGCAAGACAAACGGGCCCUUUGUCGGUAAGCUCGUGUCUCAGGGCACCAUCAUCAGCAUCGAUGGAGAAGACUAUGUCGAGUACCGCGUACUCACCAAGCCGAGUUUCUUCUAAGCCGUCCCGGGCGAGCGCCCGCAACAUGCGUCUCGUUCCCCCAAUUUGGUCAGUCGGCUGGGCACAUCCCUGUCGGCCCUACCCACCGCCUUGCAUGAGACUCGACAUCAAAAGUCACCUUAACGAUCGUUUCCAGUUCCUCUUGCUUCUCUUCCUCCCCCGCCCGGUAUGGGCGAUGGAACGAACGGCUUCGGGAUUUUCUUUUGUGUUUUCUUUCUCGCGACAGAAAAGAAGCGAUGAUCGGGCGACCGCGGGUCUUUUCCUACUAUACCCCCCUUCUCAAACAGUUUCGACUAAUCACCAUUGAUCUAUUUUUGUCCUUUUCUCCGGCGCGCGCGAAACCAAAAAGCCCAUAUAGUUCUAGUGUCGUCAUCUCACUCAUGGAGAGGCUCGCACAAGAGGGGAAGGGGGCUAUUAUACCAUGUUUUCUUUACGUUUUUGCUGUCUAGCACCUUUCAGAUUUCUCACUCAGACCGAUGACUUGGGCAGUCAUGUCAAGACUGCGCUGGAAGGCGGGAACAACAGACAGAUUUGAGUGAUUGGUUUUUCUUCUGUUAUUGUUCAGCUUUCGCGGUGCUUUUUUGAAUCGGAACGGAUACCCAGCGGAGGUUUGAGAGAAAAACUGGCCGGCGGGUGAUGAAAGUGCGCUGAGCCCGCGUUAGUAUCCGUGUCUGUAAUUAGUUCCAGGAUGUAGCUCUAAGAUGGCACCGAAAUGAAUAUUGUUCCC